GUGGCUGCUGCUAGGGCUAGGCUUUCGGCAGCUCCUCCCACCGCUGAGGGCCACCCACCGCCAGCUCCGGAGCUGUAGCCGCGCUCGCGUCAGCGGGGUCCCCAGGCUCCCGUGCUCGGCGCGAAGCCCCGGCCCCGGCGGCUGGGGCAUGGGCCAGGGGCACAGGGUAAGGCGGCUUCCCGCAGAGCCGUUACCUGCACCGGCUUCAGCAUGAAGACCUUCAUAGCCGCGUACUCCAGGGUCCUGCGAGGCACUGGCUCCAGCAUCCUCUCCGCCCUGCAGGACCUCUUCUCCAUCACUUGGCUCAACAGAUCCAAAGUGGAAAAACAGCUACAGGUCAUCUCUGUGCUACAAUGGGUCCUGUCCUUCCUCGUGCUGGGAGUGGCCUGCACCAUCAUCUUCAUGUACACGUUCUGCACCGAUUGCUGGCUCAUCGCGGUGCUGUACUUCACCUGGUUGGUGUUUGACUGGAACACACCCAAGAAAGGUGGCAGGAGGUCAGAGUGGGUCCGAAAUUGGGCUGUGUGGCGCUACUUUCGAGACUACUUUCCCAUUCAGCUGGUGAAGACUCACAACCUGCUGACCACCAGGAACUACAUCUUAGGGUACCAUCCCCAUGGCAUCAUGGGCCUAGGUGCCUUCUGCAACUUCAGCACAGAGGCCACGGAAGUGAGCAAGAAGUUCCCUGGCAUAAGGCCGCACCUGGCCACACUGGCUGGCAACUUCCGGAUGCCAGUGCUGAGGGAAUACCUGAUGUCUGGAGGCAUCUGCCCUGUGAACCGGGACACCAUAGACUACUUGCUGUCAAAGAAUGGGACUGGCAAUGCCAUCAUCAUCGUAGUGGGGGGUGCAGCCGAGUCCCUGAGCUCCAGGCCGGGCAAGAAUGCCGUCACCCUGCGCAACCGCAAGGGCUUUGUGAAACUGGCCCUGCGACACGGAGCCGACCUGGUUCCCACCUACUCCUUUGGAGAGAAUGAAGUCUACAAGCAGGUGAUCUUUGAGGAGGGCUCCUGGGGCCGGUGGGUCCAGAAGACGUUCCAGAAGUACAUUGGCUUCGCCCCGUGCAUCUUCCACGGCCGAGGCUUCUUCUCCUCCGACACCUGGGGGCUGGUGCCCUACUCCAAGCCCAUCACCACUGUUGUGGGUGAGCCCAUCACCAUUCCCAAGCUGGAGCACCCGACCCAGCAGGACAUCGACCUGUACCACGCCAUGUACGUAGAGGCCCUGGUGAAGCUCUUUGACAAGCACAAGACCAACUUCGGCCUCCCAGAGACUGAGGUCCUGGAGGUGAACUGAGCCGGCCCGCAGGCCAGCUGCCGGGAGGAGCCUGCUGCAAACUGCUCUCUACCAAGUUCUCGAGUGCUUUUUGUUCUGUAAAUUUGGAAGUGUCAUGGGUGUCUGUGGGUUAUUUAAAAGAAAUUAUAAUAAUUUUGUUAAACCAUUACAAUACUAGGUCUUUUUUAAGAAGGAAAAAGUGAGUGUUUCAAGCUCUUUCACUUCCAGUUUGUCCUGAUUCAGGUGGCGGCUAACACGUCUUGGCCUUUAGGAUUUCUCAACCAACUCUUCUUCCCUUGCUAAAAUCAGACAGGAAACUCAGUCGCGGUUAACUGGGGCAGAAGGACAGCCAUUAGUGACUCAGGCCAGUGAGGUCGUUUGCUCUUCGCCCCUGGAGGAUGAGGAGCAGGAGCUGCUUCUAAUGCAAACACCUCUAUUCCCAGCUACCUUGACUUGACUGCAGGACUAGUCCCUCUUGCCCAGGGGAAGCCUCGAAAGGCACAGUUGUUCCUAUUUUGAAGAGUGCAGUGAUGAGCAUCUGGACUGUUCCAGCUUGAUUCUCCUUUCUGCCACUUCCCAAACCCUUAGUCUGUCAUAGCUGAGCCUGGACUGGCCUCCGGAGAGACGACGGGGGUGGUGAUGAGCCUCUGCUGGGAAACAGGGCUGUUCCAAACGCACCAUCUCUUGGAUUAUCCAGCUACCACGUUCUGGUUGGAGUGACUGGAUUUCCUCGGGUGGCCGAUGAUAUAGACCCAGCACAGAGCCAGCCUUGGCCUGAGUCCCGUACUUUCCAGGGGCCUCAGUUUUCUUAACCUGCACCUUGGAGAGUGGGUGUCAGGAAGGGGGUUGUCUUCUUGUUCACAGAGGAGCCUGGCCUGCUGAGCAAGAGACUGGUUUCAGGAUAGGAGGCCCCUCAACCCAAGCCUCACAUAUAUGUGCCUUUUUGAGAGGAUGGGGGCCAGGGAGGAAACCCAGCCCCUCCUCUCUGUGUUCUGUUUUUCUCUUGAUGAGAUCAUUGUACCAUGUCAGACUUUUGUAUAUUCCUAAACAAAUAAAUAAAAAUAAGUGUCCUCUGA